AAAACGUGAGGACAGAAGAAAAAGGAGAUAAUAAAACUGUAUUAACCGUCCCUCAACACAAUACCACUCACUCUAUCCAACCAGAGCUCAGAGCUGUAGUGAGAGAGACGAACCAAGUGCUUCAAUGGCUGCUACUUUCCAAUACUUAAUUCCACUUUCACCUUCUCUAAAACAGGCCAUUUCUUCUCUUACUCCAUCUAUUUCUUCCAAACCCAUGUCAGAUUCAAUGCCUUCUUUCCCCUUAAAGCGACAGAGACCACAAGUUUCAGUCUCUGUUGCCUUUAAUCCUUCUGGGAAUUAUGACCUCUCUAUGUUUGAUGAUGAAGAUGACUCACCAAAAGUUGAUCCUCCAAUGCCACCAACUAAAGGGAGAUUUGAAAUAGUUAUUGAUAAUGAUGCUAUAACCAAGCUUGACUUAUCUCCAUUUCAAACUGUAACUGGGAUUACUUCUCCUUCUUCAGCGGAGCCAAGAGAGUUUCUUGAACGAACAAUUGGGUUUACAAUAAAUUACACAAGAGAAGAUCCAAAUGACCUUAGAGAACUCUCAGAAUUCCCUGAUAUAAGGCUUUGGUUCUUGAGACUUGAUGCUACUUAUCCUUGGCUACCGGUCUUGUUGGACUGGCGAGCCGGCGAGCUUGCUCGCUAUGCUGCCAUGUUGGUUCCACACCAGAUGAGUAUGAAAAUGGGAGUGGUGUUCAAUCCUGAGGCAUUGGAAUUGUUCAUCUUGAAUAAAGUUUUCAUAGUGUACUCAUGGUUAAAGCAACAUGAUGUACCAAAGCCUAGAUUGAAAACUAGUGACAUGGCAAGGAUGCUUGGAUUUGGAAUUGGUGAUGAACUUUUCGACUUGAUCGAUAAACACCCAGUUUUGAAAUCAUAAACAAGGAAGAUUGAUGAUCCAAAUUCAACAUGAGAAAUUGUAAAGCACUUGAAGACAAGGAGAUAACAAAAUCCCCUCUUGUUGGUGAGGGUGAGGCUAAGCAAUUACAUAAUCAAAAGAGGAGCUAACUGUUGAGUUCUUAUGUGAAAAGGAACAGUUUUUUGGCUUUGGAACUUCAACUAAUUAGGACACUGUGAUCUUCAUACCCCAUGUCUCUAUUUUCUUAUAUAAUUUAUUUGCCAAUACAGUUUGAGUAUUUUUUUAAUAUAAUUAGGACAUUUAGAGUUCCUUGCAACUGUUAAGUAUAAUAAGUUGUUAAGUGAAAUAAAA